AUGUGCUAUAGUUACCUCGUAAUUGCAACUCUCUGGACCAUUGCUGCUUUCCUGGAGGUCUUUCUACUGUGUCGGCCGCUGGCCUACCAAUGGGACAAAUCGAUCCAAGGAGGAAAAUGCGGCAGCUUCUUUGCCAGCUACUACUCAACUCACGUUAUCAUAUUCCUACUGGAUUUUGUUCUUGCGUCGAUGCCCGUGCCAGUGUUGUGGGUGUUGAAAAUGGAGUUAAGGAAGAAAGUCGCGGUGGCGCUAAUGUUUGGGCUGGGGUUAGUUAUAAUCGUCUUUAACCUAGUCCGUAUCGCGUGGCGCAAGAAGGUUGCGAGUCCGGACGUCACACACGAGUAUGCGAUACUAUUUUGCUUUACUGUUCUAGAACCCGAGCUCGGUAUCCUCCUAGCCUGCGUUCCCGUCGUACAACCAGUUGUACGAAAGUUGGCAAAUACGACGCCUCUAAAACAGUUAGGGUCUUAUUUCUCACAGCGUAAAAGUACAUGUGAUACAUCGCAGGCUAACCCAAUACGAACCAUUGGUUCUGGUAAUCAACGUCAUAAUUUAAAUGACUUGGGAUCGUUUGACCUGGAGACGAAUGGCAACAGACCUUUUCAUCGGCUCUAUGACUACGAACUGAGAAGUAUGGAUGUGGGUAUGGGUCAUGGAAUUCAAGUUACACAAUCUUGGGAUGUGCGACGGAAUGAUUAG